UGGGUCAUUUGGGAGUUUCAGGCAGCUCCAAGGAAUUUAGAAUGGAUACAGCGGUGUUCUGUAUCAUUGUUUUGGCUGGCGUUUGCUGUUCAUCAGCUGAAGUGAACAUGAAAGAGUUACGUGGCAGUGCGACACCUAUUGAUACAACUACAUCCAGGACAACAACGCCCGCAAACAGCCCAGACUCUACCUCUGACAGUUGGUCAGAUCUCCAUCCUUGGGCAGUUUGGGCAACAGAGUUAGAGAAAACUACUAAAUCUACUGCACCAUUGAUACAAAGUACUGAGACUGCCACAACAGUGACUCCUGAGACUAAAGCACACUCAACUGAAGAGUUCCAGGAUGACAAAGACAUGUCCUCUUCUUCAGAGAGUCACUGCGAUGAAGACUUAUCCCAAGCAGAAAUGCAAGAAUUGGCUACAGCAGUGAUGGCAUUUAGCAAGGACCUCCUGAAACAAGUCCACCUGGAAUCCAACACCCCAAAUGUAGUUGUGUCACCUUUGAGCAUUGCUCUCGGGCUCUUACAAUUGUCAUUAGGUGCAGAGAAUGAAACAGAAAGGAAGUUGCUGGAGACACUCCAUGUGGGGUCAUUGCCAUGCCUACACGAGAAGCUGCAUAAAGUCACAAAGCGGUUAAUGCAGACUGCCCUAAGCGUAGCUGCUCGCAUUUAUGUAAGAAAAGAUUUUCAUAUUAAAAAAAACUUCAAAAAGAGGUCUGAGAAGCUGUAUGGAUCAAAACCUGUGAAUCUUGGUCAAAAUAAGAGGCACAAUCUGGAUUCCAUAAACAAGUGGGUCAGUGACGCAACAAAGGGCAAAAUCCCAAACUUUCUUUCCAACAUCCCAGCAGACGUUGUGUUAAUGCUCCUCAAUGCUAUACACUUCAAAGGUGUUUGGAAGAAUAAGUUUGAUCCGUCUAAGACUAGCCAAGAUAUUUUCUAUGUAAAUGAGAAUGAGACUGUGUUGGUGGAUAUGAUGUAUGCAUCCAAGUAUCCCCUGAGCUAUUUUGUGCUGGAGAAGCUGGAUAGUCAGGUGGCCAGGUUGCCUUUUAAAGGAAACACGAGUUUUGUUGUAGUGAUGCCAAUGCAGAUGAAUUGGAACCUCUCUAAGAUUCUGGACAAUCUAAAUAAGACUGAACUUUAUAGUCGAUUACAUAAGGUGAAGCCAACAAGCUUAAGAGUUCCGAAGUUAAAUCUUAACUUUAAACUGGAACUUAGCCACGUCCUGAGCAUCCUUGGACUUGGCCAGUUGUUCACUAGUCCAAAUUUAAAGGGGAUCUCAGAUGAGGCCUUGUUUGUGUCCAGUGUUGAACACCAGUCCACAUUGGAACUCAAUGAGGAGGGAGUUGAAGCUGCUGCAGCCACAUCUGUCGUCACGUCCCGCUCGUUCUCUACUUUUAGCAUCAACCGCCCGUUCUUAUUCUUCCUAAAUGAUGAUAUCACAGGAUUACCUCUUUUCCUGGGGUAUGUUCGUGAGCCCAUUCCUGUCUCUCCGCAGCAAAAAAAGGAACCGCCUUUCACCCUGGAUUACAAGCUCCUCUCAGAAAGUAUCAUACCAAAAUAGGAUAUGUUAGCUCUUAAGAGGUAACGCAUUCACCCCAUGUAGGCCGUUUGGUAUGACCCAUGGAAUGGUCUAAAUUUGGAAGGACUGAAAUGCCGGUGAUGGUCUGUAUUGAGUCAUUUGUGUGUUCCCAUAUGCCAUUUGAUGAAGAACCACACUUCUCACCGUACAGGACUUUGUUAAAUCCUUUUAUGAAGAUGCAUUGUUUGUGUUUUAGUCUACAUAAAUGUUUGCAGUAUCCCUUAAGAUGAGGCACACAAUUUCCCUUUGGAAAUACUGAUAUUUAUCCUUUUGUGUAUGACCAGCUGGCGUCCAUGUUUACCUGGUUUAAUAAAACUUUAAACGUUAUAUUUUUAUUCACCUAAA